AUGACGUCCAAGACGUCGAAGAAGAAGCCGAGUCUGGCUGAGGUGAUGGACGAACUGCAGAGCCGCUUCCUGGUGAACCUGCCCGCGUCGGAGUUGGCCUCUAGCGAGCGCCUCUUCUUCCAGAUCGAGCAGUGCUUCUGGUUCUAUGAGGACUUUUACGCGGACCAAUACGCGCAUCUGCAGCAUGUCAAGCUCAACGAUUUCGCUCGGCAGAUGUUCGCACACUGUCCGCUGCUGCGGCCACUCGCGCACCGCUGCGACGAGCUGUUCCAGGACUUCAAGACGUAUCAGCGCCAGGUGCCCGUCGUAGGCUGCAUCUUGCUCAACUCAGCACGCACCAAACUUGUACUGGUACGUAAUUGGAAGGGCACGAGCUGGACAUUUCCGCGUGGCAAAGUGAACGAAGGGGAAUCCGAUAUGGACUGCGCACGGCGAGAAGUGAUGGAGGAAUGCGGCUACGACGUUGGCGACAAUCUCGCGCCAAAGCAGUACCUGGAGCUCGUGGCUAACGAUCAACGUAUGCGCAUGUAUAUGUGCCCAGACGUGCCGGAGGACUACGCGUUUGCACCUCAGACGCGCAAGGAGAUCAGUACCAUCAAGUGGUUCGCAUUCGACGCACUGCCCAAGAAGACGUGGAGUGUCAUGCCUUUUAUGUCAAGAUUGAAGCGCUGGGUCAAGGGACACAAGAUGGCCAAGAAGAAAACCAGUAAUUCCUCUCCAAACAGCACUGGACGUGCCGCUUCUGCUCCGCGGAAUCGCCCGCUGACGCUGAUCACGAACGGUGCUGCACAACACAUCACAGAGAACGGUAAGAAGAAGAACCGACAGGAUGAGCGAUCAAUCUCGACUCCCCACAACGACAGACCAGCUACUACCGGAUCGAAGAAGGCCAAUCGCGGCCACUUCGGCACGGAGUUCGACACAGCCACGUCCUAUGAUGGCUUGAAUGACGAGACGUUCGGCAACGCGAAGAAGGGCUUUAGCGUGGAAGAGAUGUUCAGUGUGAACGAGCGUCUGACGGGACAGAAGUUCGAGUAUGAUGGCAACCCACACGACUUUGGAAAGCUGACAACGCGACCAACUGCUACGCGAGCGACAGCUUCACUAUUUAAUCCGAAGGUCCCGACGCCGGUGCAGAUCCUCAGGCGACCUUCGUCAGCGCCGUUGAAGCGCGUGGAAGAGGAGGCAUGUCCGUCGCCCAGUCCACCACGUCAGUCCACGGGAUCGACACCGUUCGGGUCCUUCCAGUUCGACGCCGUGGAUAUCAUGGCCGUCGUGAACGUAACUUGA